GUCCCCGCCGUUGCAGCUUUGCGUCUUUCUCAACGACUCGCCCAGUGUUUGCCGUCAUUCACGAUUCUCUCUAGCUCGGUGUGAUGGGAUUCUGCAGAAGGUGUGGUGAUAUUGUCUCUGGUGUUCGCUGCAAGUGCGGAGGGACACCUGUCGCACCAGUCGUAAAGUGGAAUCAGGGAGAGUCCCAGACGCAAGACAAGUGGUCUCGCACAUAUGUUACCAACGAGAAGUCCCCUCCGCGGCCGGCCGUGCCUAAUGACGACAAGCCUACGGACCCCACAUUAGCAGCCCUUCCUUCGACUACUCCCUCGAGACGCUUUCCACGACCCGCAUCCUCAUCGCAGACGACAUCAGUGACACUCGGGUCGCGAGUAUCUGCACACAUUGCGUCCGUUACCACGUCACGCCUGUCAGACCACGACGCACCUUCCGCUUCUCCAAAUGGUGCCGCCGGCAUCCUGCCUAACCCGAAUAACGGCUCUGAGCUUGCCAAAGUAUACGGCUCCGUCCUUCAACCGAAGGAAACUCUAGCAACGUACCACUGCGCCAUGUGCUCUACGCAAUUUACCCCCGACGCCACAAUAUACCCGGACCCUUCCUCACUGUCUCCCUCAGGUGCAGACUUGACCUCAGGAACUAACACUCGGUUCCUUUGCCGAUUAUGCUUUGUCGAUAAUGGAGGUUCCAAAGGAGGAUGCGCAUCGUGCGGCAGAACAGUGCUCAUCCUGAAGAGUGAAGGAGGAUUCAUCGAGAAUACUGGUCGGGUGUGGCACAAGAAUUGUUUUCGUUGCGAAGGAUGUUUCAAAUAUAUUGGCGACAACCCAAUGGUUGACCUUCUGGGAAAACCUUGCUGCACGGAUUGUUUCGGGACGUGUUUGGAGCGGUCGGGCACCGAUAGCCCUAGGAAGACGGAGGAGCCGCGUAGUAAUCUAGGUGGGGUUAAGCGCACCGACAAGGACAAAGAAGGUAGCCCCGCUCUGGAGGAACUUGAGCAACGUUUAGGUAUAUUCCGCGCUCGCGACAGCACCUCCGCCUCCCAUGCCCCAAAGGGUUCCUUGGGUUCCUCUAGCAGUCGCAUCCCAACCUCUGCGCGAUAUACUCAUCGCAGUACCAAUAGCGCCGAUUCGACUUUGGGUGUCGAUCGCCUCGCGGCUCGCAUGCAAAUGGAUUCAUUAACCGCCAUACGCCCUGCAAUGACCGGUGAAGGCAGCUCCUCGACCCGUAUUUGGGUCUCAUCCGAUUCCUCCACGCCAGAUUCGCGGGAAAGGGAGCGUGACAUCACUCUGAGUUCGCGUGGAAGUCACAGGCAUAGCGACACCAAUACCGGUAGUUAUGUGCCUGGAAGUCCAGCACGUCGCGAUCUUGAUGGGUACAAGGCGUUGGAUCCAGACAUGACAACAUCAAGCUCUUCAGCCAGACUCACCAAGAGUCCGAGAUACAGCAGCUCGACUAUCAAACCGACCGAAGAAGCCAUCGAAGAGAUGAAGAACAGGUUCUUAAGGCAGACCUCGCCUUCACGCUCGUCGGCCUCUACCUCGUCCACGACAACUACGUCCAGAAGACGUCCCGCCUCUCGUGUACGUGGCAGCGGUCCCAUUACUGCUGUCCACACAGGAGAUAUUUCUCCUCGCGAGCAGACGAGUUCCGCGAGGAUUUCCCGAACGUUGACCGGUUCUUCCUUGACCCCCUCAGUACGGAGUCACAUCCGUCGAGACAGAACUGGAGACUCGGCGUAUACUGUGCGCCGUGACCGUACUGGAGACGCUGCAUUAGAAUCACUUUAUGAGUCGUUGGCUUCUAUCAGGGCGAGCAACAAUGAUACGGGGCUGGGUGCGGAGGUCGCGAGCCAGCUAGGUUCUCCGGAGUCGACUGGUCCAAUGUCGAGGCUUCCUGGUAUUACAAGUGCAGCUACUUCCGAUCUUUCUAGUGGUAUCGGCCUUGGUCUCAGGACGGGUCUGGCGGACUCUUCUUCCAAAGGGAGCUACGCAGACUUCGUCCUAUCUACUCCAGACUUGGCAGCUGAUGUCUCAGACACGAAUUCAAACAGUCAGCCAAGCGCACCAUCUACCCCUCCCUCCGUCAGUCCCCCAGCCUUGCGUGGAUCAAGCAAACAAGAGGUUAUCAGCCACCCUACCGGAAACAGUGGGCGGAUCCGCCGGUCUUCUGACACCUUUGCCAGAAAUCCGACACAUCAAUCAUCCAAGUCUCUGCCGAAUGCUCGCGACCUUCCCUCCCCGAUACCUUUGUCUCCGGAUGCUCGUUGCGCCAAGUGCAACCUUCAGUUAUUCAGCACGAAACAUGGAGGGAAGUUCGUUACCGUGCCAGAGGAGCCCGCUAGCAGUGGGGUUCCGCCUAAGACCUACCACGUUACCUGCUUCAGGUGUAACAUAUGUGACGGCCUGUUUGAGGAGCGUGAUGGUGGGCGGGCGGUGUUCGUGAGAGCAGAGGGGGGGCCGUGUCAUAUCGAGUGUGCACCUCCAGAGCGAAUGGUAGUCCACCAGGUGCCCAGCACUGCUCCCCAGCUGAACCUUGGUUCUUCUAUACCCGCGACGCCGUCCAAACCGGAUCACACCACCACCUAUACGGUCCCGCUAUCUUCCAGCCGCUACGAACGGCCGCUCGGCACUGCCCAUCCGACCACGACCACAUUUCCGCGCUUUGGUGGAUCAAUGUCAUGCCCGGGAUGUAGCAGGAACGUAUCGCCCAUGGAAAGAGGUGUCGUACCUGGGCCGCAGGGCACCAGAUGGCAUCAGUCGUGUCUGCUAUGCGGAGGUAAGGAGGCAAAGGGACGAAGAAAAGAAGGAGGAAAGCCAGGGUGCGGUAAACAACUCGAUAGUGCCGCAAAGACCGACUCAAACGGUCGUGUGUGGUGUCGGGAAUGUUUACUCCUCCUUCCCCCAGCUAUGCGGAAUCCUCAGCCCGUUGUGCGAGCGCCGCUCAUCCCUUCGUUUACCGGAGGGCGCGGAAUCGCACCGCAACACACGGGCGCCACGACUAUUGCGCGGCAAUUUACUGGAGUCGGCGGUACCCCAGACGUCACUCUCCCGCGGCAGCUGACCGGCGGUGCCACGACGGCACGCAGGCAGUCGAGUCCGACGAAGCAACAUGACGGACCUCGGCCUGGACGCACGUUUCCUCGGCCGAGGUCUGUGAUUGGAGUGCGCAGUACGAAGAGCGAGGGGGAGGGGCGAGGAAUGUUCUUGGUGAGACAGCUGACCGGCGGAAACGGGGGCUUCAGCGGGAAUGAUUAUGGACUUUGAAGGGCGGAAGGGUUGUAUGACGUACUCACAUCAGCUGGAAGUGGACUGGGAAGAACAUUCAUAGUCUGACCUUGUAGUCGUUACGUGGGCAGGUUACCCGUUGUAUCAUGGCAAAUCACGGUCUUCAGCAUCACCUUGAUAAGGCACGGAGAGUACAUACUAGUCAUCGUACAAGUUAUCAUCGUACAAGUAACUUCGUUUCAACAUGCACUGAAGGUCAAG